GAUCUUCAAGCGAAGACGUCGGGCGAUCGAGGGCGAAGAAGCGUGGGAUUGGGAUGUCGCGCUUGAGGCAUUGCGCGAGUUGAGGAACGAGACAAUCGAGGAGGUUCGAGUGGACGCGCUCGUCGCUUCGUGUCGCGUCUUUGGCAAGCGAGAGCGCGCGAGAUGGAAAUCUGGAACGAUGAAAGCGCCCGCUCGAGCUCUCGCGGGGGCUUUGGACGCGUGCACGGACGCCUUGGGGGAGUUGAUGUUGCGCGGCGACUCCAGCGGUGAAGCCACGGCAAACUCGUACUAUGCGCGGGCCUGGAUUCGCGUUCUUGGCGCAAAUAUCGACGGCGCAUCAAUAGAUUUAGCGGGUCUAGAGGCCUUGAGCUCGUCUUGGACGUUGGACAUAGAUGCGUUGAGAGAGGCGAUUGAGAAGGCGCGCGAGGCGAACAGGCAGAAAGAUUUGUACAGUAUUUUAGGAUUGAAGCGUGAAGACGCCAAGGGGGAGGAUUGGCUUCGAGUUUUGAAGCGCGCUUAUAGAAAAUUAGCUUUAUUGUUGCAUCCUGACAAGAAUCCUGUCGAGGAUAAAGAGGAGGCUGAGGAGAAAUUCAACGAACUCGUCAGAGCCUAUAAGGUGCUGUCGAGCGAAACGCUUCGUCGCGAGUACGACGAAACGGGCAAAGUUAGUCUGGAGAUGGAUAACACGAUGAAUGGGGAUUGGUCCAACGACGGAAAUCGCGAGGACAAGGCUGGUAAGGAUGAUUUCAACACGGAAGAGUACGUAUUCCGCUAUGACAAGCGAGACAUUGGUGCGGACGGUCGCGCACGUGGCGAGUGGGUGCACAAACAAUCAGGCGAGCGAUUUACCGGUGAGCGAGACGUCAGACCCGAGCCAGAGCAGCGAGAAGACGUGUGCACAAAGCGUCGAGGUUAUUGCAUCGCCGGUCGAGGAGGCGCGGAGCCGGCCCAUUCUCAACACACUUCCAGCGUUGAGCAGGUCGUGGUUAAGUUUCAUACGCAGACGACGCUCCCCGGAGAUUCCGUCGCCGCGAGGAUCGUUCGCAAUCAUUUCGGCUUGCAAAUUAUGGAGUUUCUAUUCGUGUUCGACGUCAAUUUACCGGGAGACGACUUUGUUAGUAGAACUCCGCGAGUCACAGCGAAGUCGCGUUUACGAAGACUCGUGCGCACUCUACACGCUGCUCUCGUCGGAGGCGACACAUCUUCUUUGCUCACGAGCAUCAUUGAAGAGAGAGUAGUCGACUUGUCGAUUUCGACGGAAAGUGUGCGUACGAUCGUGGAUUACGUCGCCUCAGCUGUAGCGGGCCAAGCGCAGCGUUCCGGCUCGCCGCACCACACGAUGAACCUCCUGGAUGGUUUCGCAUCGCAAGCUACCCGGGAAAUGCGCCGACUUGGCGCACUGGGACUGAAUUCAGAUGAGCGCACGGACGCGUUCGUACGCGUGGCGCGUAAUAUGGUGGCCAAUCCGCUCGUGGCUUCUCGUUUGCUGUCUCCUGGCGAUGAUUCAGUCGAUGAGUCUCACGAAGUACGAAGCCUCGACGCGCUGUGGCGCGAAGAUGUGAGCUGUCGUGCGUUCGAAGAGGGCGACGUGCUUUCGUACGAAAUGAAGCUCGCCGAGUCAGAAGAUUCGGAUGAUGUGCGCUCGAUAAGUGCGGCCUUGGACUUUGAAACCGACUCAGGCCUUCGUCUCGGCAGCUUUCCCGAGGCGGUUGAUCAAUUCGGCUUCACCGCCGCCGCGCCUAGCGUGAACUUCCGCGACGUCAUCAAUCAGAACGGAACGAACGGGUGGAUCACGCGCCGCGUGAUCAUACCUCGUGAGCUCUUCGGCGCCACGCCAUCGACGUGGCUCGUCGCCGCGUCGAGGAUUGAAGCCGGUCGCGCGCGCGUUCGCAUCCGCGAUGCCAAAAUCCUCAACACCAUUGAUUCCGACCUCGACAUCGUGCACAUUUUCCAUUCCAAACACUUCUUGUAA